CUUUUGAUUUACAGUUGAAAACAUAUUUUAUUUUGUUACAACACCACAGAUUGUAUUUUCAGUAUCAUCUCCAGGUCUGAAUACAGCUAUUAAUCUGUUGACAACAAGAAUUCUACAAAGAAGAUGUCCCAAUUCAACUGUAAAAAUAUGAAAGCACCAAAGCUUUGCCAGUAGAUGUGAUUUUGACAGCUGGACAGGGUGAAGGAGUUUCCUUGUAAAGUCUGAAGGAGUGACUCCUCUCUUUCACACUGGCCACCUGAAAUUGACUUACUGUCUAUAAUUCAAAGCAUCAUCUAAAAUAUAUCUGUGUCAACACUGGCCAAAUAACAGAUUUCAACAUAUGCCUCAGGCAGGGUAAAUCAUAGUUAAGGACUUGAGGAUGGCCGGUCAGAUUUUAAGAAGAGUUCAUGUCACCCUUGUUCACCAUUUUGGAAACGGUCCUGUCCUUUAGUACCAAAUUCAAAAUGAUAUUAACGUCUAUGUUUACUCUUAAUUGCCCCUCUUAACUUUCAAACACACACUGUUUUUUUUUUUUCAUUUUUUGUGCAUUUACCUUACAGUGCUUAAACAUCAGUAAUUUUAUUUUAUUUUAUUUAUUUAUUUGGAUCCCCAUUAGCCACUACCUAAGAAGCAGCUACUCUUCCUGGGGUCUGCAAGAAGACAGUAAACAUUUGAUUAAAGAUGUAAAUGAUAAAAGUCCAAACAGGAGAAUUAUGCAAGAUGUUAAAAUCACAACUAAAGCAAGAAUUAUCAUGACAUUACAUUCCCAAUUACAAUAGACACCAAUAAAGGCCAAGAUAAAUGCACAAGUAAUCAAAAUGUCAUUGGCAGGUAUUGUAUGUUGUCACAGCCUAGGUGACAAGGGUCCAAUUAGAUAUUGGUAAACCUUCUUUUUAAUCACAUGUUUACUGGUUAGCCUUGUGAUGACAGAUGGAAGACUGUUCCAUAUUUUCAUACCUCUGAAACACGAGAGUACGCUGUCCAGAGUUCGUAUUAGUGAGUGGAAGUGUGAAAUAACCAUUUGACGCAUGCCUUGUGAUAACGCUGCAAAUGCUAACUUUAAAAAUUCAUGAAUCCAGCUCCCACAAUGGAGCUGGGUUUAAUAUAUUCUAUAUUUCGCCGACUGGUUUUAUCAACUAAAACUGCAAACUGGAAGCAGAGCUAACAUGGAGAUGGUAUGUGUUACAGCUGAGCUUUCAACAGCUGACAUACUUGUUAUUGUGUGUUGCAGCUCGGCUAGUGUAUGUUAUGUUUGCACACUGAAGCAGAACCGCUAGUCAUAUGGAGGUGGUGUUGAUAAGGAGCUUAAGCAAACAGAAGGCAAACAUGUUCACUCCUGCCUGGCUGAUCUUGAGGGAAGGUAUUGUUGUUGUAAACUUCAUGAACCAUGUGUACUUGUAGAUGUAGUUACAGCUGAAGAGGUUUUUUGAUUCCUGUGAUGGAUGUGAAUGAUGCUGGAUUUGUUCUUUUUUAAAAUACACCAUCUACCAGAACAAAGCCAGACACCCACACACAAAAAAAGUGAUGAAUUGUACCUUUAAAGGGCUUUGAUCUGAUCUGGGUUCAGCUCCUGCAAAGAGGAAGUCCCCCUCACUGGCUUUAUUGGGUUGUGUAAAGCAUCCGUCCAUGUCACGGGUAAAACAGGCCAGGACCACCUGAGAAGACAAGAAGCAUGUGCAUCAGCCACAUGUAUCAGUGCAUUAACCUUGUCUGCACAGCCUGACAGACAGAGGCGCCUCACCUGUCUUCAUUUGUAAAGUCACUAAAGCUUGUCGAACAGCGGUGUUAUGUGUUUAAAGUAAUGAGGUCUCUUACACCAAGCUCUCCCUGCACUUGAUUCUGCCUGCAAAAAGCCCGUGAGGCCUUUUCCCACUGAUUGUCUUGAUCGUAUUAAAAGGCCCGCCGUGUUAAAGACGAGGAAACAUGCAGAUUAUAUGUGUUGUGAGGUGCUUACAAUGCAGAGGGCAGGAUUUUGAAAAGGGGGCAUGUUUGGAUCACUGUACAAUGAAGGCAGGUGGGCUACAUUCAAAUCCUCUUAAACCUUGACCUCCUCAGAGUCUCAAGGUGUCAACAAACAAGAGAAAUUUACUGCUUUAACUUUAGAAAGUCUACCUCCAACCUGUGUGAGUCCAUUCUACUGUAUGUAUGAUGGCACAUUUUACUACAUUUAACUGUAAAGCCAAACCUUUAAGAAAUAACAUCAGUGACUCUGUGUUUUGGUGCUGCACUUAUUUCCUUCUCCUGUCCAGAAAGCAGUCAAAUAUUGUAUUUCAGUUUCUCAUACAUUGUGAUUGAUCUCAUUGAAGCUGUUUCUGGUCUUUUGGUGAAAUGAAGGACGCCGUUUUCCACCCCUGAUGACGCGCGCAGGAGUGCUCUUUUUCAUUUGCUGCCGGGGGUGAGAUUAUGGCCCCCUCCUAUUUCUGCCUGUUGUUAAAUAGCAAGGCGUGCAGCCUUUCGGGGGUAGACAGUCUUCUUACAAAGCAGAGGCAGAAAAAACAACAACACCUGUCAGAGCUCCUAAUAAAGGCGAUUAACCAAAACAGCACUUUAACAUGUACUCAAACAAAAACGAAGGACCACGUAGAGGAAGAUCGUUUGACUCCAUGAACAUCGGCUUUGAAGAGAAGCUGCUCAACAAUGAGGUAAAAAACGCAACUUUGGUUGUCUUUAGGUGUUUUCUUAUUUAAUGAGAGCGUCAGUAACGCUGGUGUUUUUUGUUGAUGGUUGAGGAGUACCACUUUUUUGACUGUGCCAAAGUGGAGUGGAAACCGGUCGGGCUCGAUUUAAUGCAUUAACUCGUACGUCAGUGCAGAUUAAUUUAAGCCGUUUGGUUAUAGUAAUUUGCGUCAAGGAGUUAAGAGGGUUAAAGUGGGAUGGGUUAAAAUUUCAUAUCAUAAAAAAUUAUUGUUACUGAUCAUCUGCAUCCUGGUUUUAUAGUAAAAUACAGACGGGAUCAAAGUUAAACCCACAGUGUGUGAUGUCUCUUUUUGGCACCUGUUGCUAAACGACACAAAGGAUGACAUCAAUUAUAAAGGAGAAAAUCAUUUACACAAUGUAUCUUAAAUAGCUCUACAUUUUAGUCCCAUAUAGCCUGUUGCUUUGUAGUCCUUGAUCGACAAUGCUCUUCUGCGCAGCAUCAGGUGUUAUACCACAAGAGACGUUCAUACUGCGCAAAAAAAUCAGCUUACUGAUUAGUCUUGAGUCGUUUCCCUCCUUAAAUUGUGACUUAUUCUCUUGACCUUUUCAUGCAACACAGCUGAACCUCCCUGACCUCCAACUGGAACUCUCUUUGGACUCUCAUCUUAACGUUAUUAACCGGAUAUGCCAAUGAUCAGAAACUUAACUAUUAACCACUCACAUAAACAACACGGAAGAAAAUUUACAUAGAAUAAAAUAGAUUUUGAACAUUUAUAUUGUUAUUCAUUUUUAAGGGUUGAUUGAAAGGAAAAUGAAAUCUCCAAGCUCAGGAAAGUAAGGUUUUUAUGGGGAGCAGCUGUGCGUAAAACCAUCCAAAAACGUGCGCGCAGAGGUGAUUAAACGCAGCCGAAUAUCUGCUCAGAUCUCAGCACGCGAGGAGCUAAUAAUAGGCUUCCCGUUCAUACAGCCUAAAUGAGAUUUUGGUAAGGCGAUUCUUUCAGACUCAGACAAGUUCAUCUUCGUUAAACCGAGACACUGACCCCGGGUAGCGUACUGAUCCACACACUCGUGCAGUCAGGGAUGCUACCGGCAAGACUUCCCCGAAAACUGGUUUCCCUCGCAGUCUACUCAGUGCUGAGAAAUGGGAAUGUGGUAGGCAGAUACUUAACUAUUUUUAAUUGAUUGUUGUGUCUCUUUUACUUCACUUUACUUAACUUUAAUUACUUCACUAAAAAAGUUCUUAAUAUUACAAAAAUGAAAAUGAAAUAAAAUCUCUAAAUCAGAUGACUGCAGCAAAACGCGAAAUCGUUGAGCUCAAUGUAAACAGAUUAGUUUCUGUGUGCUGUGGGCACAUGAUAGUAUUACUACUAAAAUCUGAAGCAGGAUUAUGGUGAUUUUCCCCUUGCGUAUGCAGCGCACACGUGAAAGCGCUGUCCGGGGUGCUGAAUUUAAAGCGGGCGUACUGUUGUGCCCACACUAUGGUGGCAUUUUUACAUGCAAAGAUUUUUUUAACCACUUUUAUCUUUGUUUUGUUCUUUUUAUGAGGCGUUCAAAUGGGGUUUUAGCUCUUGGAGUGAUCAAGUUGACACAUUAACUUGUCCUAUCUUAUGGUUCUUAAAAAUGUCGAGUACAUAAGUCUAUAUGGCUUUUGAAAUCUGGCAUUAACAUUUUUAGAAAACAGAUCGUGGGGUUGGGGCUAGAAAGUGUUUUUUACGCAUAACUUUAAGUGCAAUCUUCUCAAAUGGUUUGAUUCUUUUUUUUUUUUAGAACAAUUUAAUUGUUUUCAGUUUUUUUUUUCAACAAUAGUUUCACUUCUCAAACAUACAUUUGGAUAAAUCAAAAUUUGUUUUUUCAAAAAAGGUUGAAGAUAGUUGAAUAUCUUCCCAACCAUAGCCACAUUUAGUAAGCCAAUAGUGAUGUUUUUCUGCAGGGUAAAAUCUAGAUGUUUCAUGUCUGUUUUCAGAUAAACAAAUCAACCUUUACAAAAAUUGAAGAAAACUCAGAGAAGAAGAAUUCGUCAGAGAAAGAGAGAGCAACGAUCAUCUUUUCCCUCAAGAAUGAAGUGGGAGGACUAGUGAAGGCACUUAAACUCUUUCAAGUAAGGCUGAAGUUACUUUUGGUCAAUGUUGAAAUUUCUAUUCGGAUAUUAUUCUAUAUCUGCAAGCAGCCUCUUCAUUUGUCAAAUUGUUGAUAAAACAUAUUUGUUCCUUGCAGGAAAACCAUGUCAACCUUGUUCACAUAGAGUCCAGAAAAUCCAAGAGACGCAAUUCUGAGUUUGAAAUAUUUGUGGACUGCGACAGCAACCACGGACAACUGAAUGAAAUUAUCCAGCUGCUGCGGAAGCAUGUGAACAUAGUGGAAAUGGAACCCCCAGAUAACUCAUGUCUACCAGAGGAAGGUAGAUGAAAUCCUGCAGAUUAUGCACAACCACAGAAUUUAACAUUGAACCAAAUAAGAGAAAGUAACACUUUUUGUCUCUUCUCAGAUAUGUGCAACGUUCCCUGGUUUCCAAAGAAGAUUUCAGACUUAGACAAGUGUGCAAACCGUGUCCUCAUGUACGGCUCUGAGUUGGAUGCAGAUCAUCCGGUAUGUCCGCUCAAAUCAGUUAACUACAUAAAAUAAUGCAAGUCUUCUUUCUGAAUUUCUCUAAUGCUUUCCUGUCUUACUCUUUAACAGGGUUUCAAAGACAAUGUUUACCGCAAAAGACGAAAAUACUUUGCAGAUAUUGCCAUGUCCCACAAACAGUAAGUUUUCCUCUUGUAUUUAAAUGUUUAAUUUGCAAAUCUGUUGAGUUUUUAAUCUGAUAUUAAGAGAAUUAUUAUUUGAUGUUGCAGUGGAGAACCCAUCCCUCACAUUGAGUUCACAGAGGAGGAAGUGAAGACUUGGGGUGUCGUGUACAGGGAGCUGAACAAGUUGUACCCCACCCAUGCCUGUCGGGAGUACUUAAAGAACUUGCCCCUGCUGUCCAAAUACUGUGAUUUCCGGGAGGACAACAUCCCUCAGCUUGAAGAUGUCUCACGCUUUCUCAGAGGUACAUUAUAUGUCAAUAAAAGAUUUUUUUUUGCUGUUAAUUAAAUAAAAAGGUCUAAUUUCUCACUCAUCUCUUUGACAUCUUUUCAGAACGCACUGGAUUUACCAUCAGGCCUGUGGCCGGCUAUCUUUCUCCCCGUGACUUCCUCGCUGGUUUGGCCUUCCGUGUUUUCCACUGUACUCAGUAUGUGCGACACAGCUCGGACCCUUUAUACACCCCAGAGCCGUGAGUAAUUUACAGGAGUGCAUUCAGAAAAGUGCAACAACAUUCAAACAGAGCUGUUUGCUUUAACAUUUGGUUAUCUUUUGUUAUACAGGGACACGUGCCAUGAGCUGCUGGGUCAUGUCCCACUGCUGGCAGAGCCCAGCUUCGCCCAGUUCUCUCAGGAGAUUGGACUUGCUUCACUUGGGGCCUCAGAUGACUCAGUUCAGAAGCUGGCCACAGUAAGUGACACUGAUACAGACAUAUAUCACCAGUGCAGAUACGCCCUAAUUGGGAAAUCUUGGAUUUUUAUGAUAUUUACCUUGUGUUCCAGUGCUAUUUCUUCACGGUGGAGUUUGGCUUAUGCAAACAAGAAGGGCAGCUGCGAGCAUACGGAGCAGGACUGCUGUCAUCCAUCAGUGAGCUGAAGGUAAACAAUGGAACAUGAGCCAUGAAUGAACUUGUUAACAGAGUCUUCAUUUUAGCCUUUCAGACAAGUAAAUGCGACACAUUUUCUUUAAUACAUUUUGAUUAUCUGGUAUAUCUUGUACAUAUUUAAUGAAUUUCCCUUUGGGGAUCAAUAAAGUUCUUGUACUGUAUUGAAAAGUGCUUGUAGAGCAUUACUACAUUACACCUGUCUGUCUUUUCUCUCUCACAGCAUGCACUUUCUGGCAAUGCAAGGAUAAUGCCUUUUGACCCCAAGGUUACAUCUAAACAAGAAUGUAUAAUCACAACUUUCCAGGAGGUCUACUUCGUGUCAGACAGCUUUGAGGAGGCCAAAGUCAAGAUGAGGUGAGCAUGGAUACUCAGUUUCCUUAAAAACACGAGUUAAUCACAUCAAUUAUCCACAGAUUACCCUGUUUUCACUUAUUUUGAUGCAAAAGCUACAGUAUUUCUCACGAUAAUGUUUGUUUCAGGGAGUUUGCCAAGACCAUCAAGCGUCCAUUCACAGUCCGAUACAACCCUUACACCCAGAGCGUGGACGUGCUAAAAGACACCCCCAGCAUCAACAGCGUGGUGGAGGAGCUGCGGCACGAGCUGGACAUCGUCGGUGAUGCCCUCAUCCGGCUGAACAAGCAGCAGGGUGUCUGAUUUCCGCAUUUCAGUCGGUCAAUGCAUAUCUCUCACCCUGAAGCACCGCCGUAGAGAUACUGCCCUUGUAUGGCCCUUCGUCAGUACAAUGAAUGCGCACUGCUUUUGGUUUAACGCUUUGUUGUUUCCACUGCAUGGUUUAUGUCUUAUUAAGGUGGAUGUUUAGACACAGACAUCAGUCAAUCGCACCAACUCAAAGAGCAGCUUCACCAAUACUCAUAAUCAAGCUUUAGUUGUACUUGGGCCGAUCGGUUUCUGUAAUACAAACAACCCACUUUAGUACCCCUAUCAAAUCCUCCCCAGCUGUAACAUACACAAAUACGGUUUCAUUAUUGUAUUAACUCUGCUGUUGUAUAUUAUUUGUGUUUUUGUAUUUCUUCAUUAUUCUUCUUUACAUUUACGUUCUUAUUUCAGUGAAAUUUUAAAAAAUGUACCUUGUUUGUAUUCUUUUGGUGUUUGUAUCAUGUUCCUGUCUGUGCGCUGUUGAGGGAAAUCAUGCAAGUAAAAAAGGGUGUCAGAGGAAUGUUUUGAUGGCUGACUAUGACAGAUUUAGCCCGUUGCCCUGAACUAUUUUAUUUUAAAGUGAUGAUUUUAAUUACCUACAUAUAACUGUAGCACUCCUAAAAUCAAAACAUUAUUUUUCUAUUGUAAAAAUUUCAACAAUAUGUGUAGGCUAUGUAUCAAACUAUUAAAAAUGAAAUAAAAUGUUUAUUGUGUUUGUUAGUGUGUUGGAUGGUGUGUAAACAGCUACCGCAUUACUUUUUGGUAGCUUCUUAACGGCGCUGAUUUAGUUAUAAACAAACAUAACUGCAUAUAUACAUUUAGACUUUGUCAGAAAGUCUUUAGAAGUGCAGAUGGGUUAUCAUAAUUGAUUUACCUACACAGUAUUCAUAUAUUUUCAUAAUUACAUCUGUUAUCAGUUAGCCCAACAGUAUCGUCAUGUUAUCAGUCAGAAGAAGAAAAUAAGAUUUUAGAAACCAUCUUAUUUUAACAGUUUAAUCAUUCAUUAUUACAGUUUAAACAGACACAGUCUGGAUAAUUUCAUGGUCUCAAAGACAUUGUUGGGAAUAUAUUUAACAUGAUGGUAACCCUGGAGGCAGUUUGGGGUGUUUUUUGGCACUUUGGCAUUAAUAGGAACUCAAAACAGUUUUGUCUUUACCUUUCAUCACAUCUAUUUCCAACUUUAAUAUUAUUCAGUAAUAUCUGAUCAGAAAUUGAUAUUAAGGUUGGUACCAGUUGCUUAAAUCUAUUGGAUGAUUUAGCUAAGACUCUCACCAAAACAAUGCUGGUAUGCUGAUCCUCAAAGGUAAUAAAGAGGAGUGAUUCUUACUUAAAGUCAAGAAACAAAACAUUUUAUUCUCAUUGACCGUUUCUUUAUUUUGUGUGGUGGGGGUGGGGAGUCCGAGCUCAGUCCCUCGGACACUUUUUACAGCGCGAUUAGUUGCAUUUAUGUUUAAUUGAUCACAAAACAUUGAACUAAAUACUAUCUCUCACUUAUCCCUGAACUUGGAUAUGCAGUCAUGAAAUAAUAAAUACGUCUGACGGCACUGAUGACACACUGUAUCGGCAUUCCAUCAGAUUGUCCAGAUGUUAAUGUUUUGGCAGAUCGAUGUCUGUUCACGUAUCCGAUAGUCUAUAAGGCGUAGGGUAGAGUGGGGUAAGAUUAGCUAUUUUUCAUAUUUCAGAUCACUACAUCAAGUCAACCAUAGUUUUGUCUCUAACUAGUGUAUCUUCAUAUAUUUCAAGAUGUUGUGCAUCCCCGCAAACCAACAGAAUGAGUGUAAACAUAACUGUCUUGAUAAUAUAGCAUGUUAAAAAACGUAGUCUCCUAUGGUCAACUUACCCCGUGUAUGGGGUAAGUUGACCAUAGGAGUGGGUUAAGUUGAGCCGUAUCCCUAAUACCCCCCCACUCUCCACCCCAGCCC